AGAAUGGUUAACAGACAGGUUGCCACAAUUGCAUGGCUUGAAGCUGAUUCUGUUUGUGGUAGCCAUUCAAGUGCAAUACCGAUGGUACUCAUGCUCCCUUAUCUCUGGCGUCUAUUACAGUGUCUUCGACAGUACAAAGAUACUAAGGAAAGAACAUGCCUUUUUAAUGCAUUGAAAUAUUCAACAGCUUUCCCAGUGAUUUUUCUUUCAGCCCUUAAAUAUCAUGUAUUCCCUGAGAAGUGGACAUCUCUUUAUCGGCCACUUUGGCUUCUCUCGAGUGUUGUUAAUUCUCUCUAUUCAUUCUACUGGGAUAUUACUCGAGAUUGGGAUUUAAGUAACUUUUCUCGCAUAUUCAGGUUCAACAAAACUCUGAUUUCCAACCUGUUUUAUGGGAGAAAAUGGAUAUCAGGCUCCAAUCGGCAGCCUUCCCACUUUCAGGAUUACUCUAAUGCCCUAUGCUUUGGCACCACCCAGACCCAAUAG